AUGGAAACAGGAGAGAAGAGCCCAGAGAAAGAUAAACAACCUCUGAUGUUGACUAGAGAGGUCAAUUCGGGCAAGAUAGCCGCCGCCGAGAUAUUCAGUGUUGUAAAUGGCUGGAGAUUUGUUCCUGAAGAUUUAGAGUUGCGCAAACAAGUGAUUUAUGCACUGACAGUCGGAUUUGACUGUCUUGGCAUCUGGGUUUACAAACAGAUAGUUCCUUUCAUUACUCUCUAUGGCAUUGAUGAGUUUGAAACAUCUAUCUUACCAAGACUGCUUAAGAACAGGGCAGAAACACGUCACAAUCUCCAAGACGUCCGACAAGAGAUUGAGCAGGCUGUUAUCAGUACGGCCACAGCGGUUUAUCAAGAUAGCAUUUCCGUCUUUUUAGGACCAACUACAGCAGCGGCAAUUAGUCAACUAGUUAGUACGCCAGUAAAUAUGAGUUAUAAACACAGACGGACUUUGAUCGUUCUUUUGCAACUGGUUUUAGCUGAUAUUGAUGAGGCCGAUACCAAAAUUGUUGAAAUUGCCUUGUUCCUAGCCCAUGUGUUAGAUAGUCGGAUUUUUGACUAUCUAGUCACUCAUUUCUAUAAGGAAAAGGACUUCUUAGUUGAACUCUUACUGGUGCGCAUGAAGUACGCUAAAUCCGGUCUGCCACCCCAAAAGCAUAUGACUGAUAAAGAGAUAGAUACUUUAUUUGGAGAAAUGGACCAAAAGACCUACUCCAGUACUGAUAUAGAAAAACAAGCGCGAGAUUUACUGCUGGAACUAUCUAGUGAGCCGGAAGUAUCCUUUUUAAACUUCUGUCUAACUAGGUGUUUAGCUUACUUAGAAUGUAAAUGGGACGCGGCGAUUGAACAACUUAUUAUUACGGCAGCGGCGAAUGAGAAUAAAGCCGUGCGAAUGCAAGCUGCUGUAAUUCUUCAGGACGUACAUUCUUCCGGGGCUGGACAGGCCCUACUGCGUUUGGUUGAAGAUCCCGAUGACGAAGUGAAAGCCCAGGCGAUUGCUUCAAUUGCCGGAUCAAUUGGAGAGGGCGGGGUAGAAACAGGUGAGGCUAUAGAUAGAGUUUCGGUGGAGAUCAAGCCUGGGAUCAAAAGAGGAACUGUAGAGUGGCUAGCUAAUGUUCUAGUUGCCGCCGUACGCAGUGACCAUAAAAGAACGGAAGAGAUAUAUAGUGUUUAUUGCCGCGAGAUUACGGAAGGACCUCGAGAAGUACGCCGGGUGCUGGUACGCAGUCUGCCGCGUGUAUUUAAAGAGUUCAUUACGGAAGCGAGUAUCAUUGAGCAAAAUCUCAAGCGCUUGCACAUUCAGCGCAAUCCAGCUAGUCAGUUGUCAAGUACGCCAAUGAGUGCUAGUAUGGCGGAUAUUAGUGGAAUAGAUAGUCAAUCAUUGAAAAGCAAUUCCUCUCUUCUCAUUGAAGAUAUAGAAGUUACAGAUAAAGCACCUAGUCCUACUAUGGCCACCAGUACUUCUACUACUGCUAGUUCAUCUAAUACUACGAAUCUAUCUAAUCAAGAUUUUGAUUUUCAGUCCAAAUCAGCCGGGUUGGGCUCUGGAGACAGUUCUCCUACUCCGCCGAAGAGUGCGCUUGUUUUUCCUUCGCCUGUGCUGUCCACUGAGGCGGCAGGGACGCGCUGGUCGUCUGGGAAUGCCUGUACGGACUUAGAGGAGAUUUUGGAGUUGCUAAUGGGUAAGGCUGAUAUUCGGCGGGAGUUUUUGAAGAUUCUGCCACAAGCCGGGCAACUUGUUCGGGCUGCUUGUCUAGAAAGAGUGGUGAAGCACUUAUUCCUUAUCAAUCCUGGUAUGGAGUGGCGAUACUGGACCGAACUUUUGGAAUGUGUUGAGCGCUUAAGGAAAACAAUGAGCGGGCAAGCCCGGGAUGAGGUGGUUUUAGGUAUUCUGCCGCUGAAAAAGCAUUGGGCCCAUGUUGUAAGAAGCGCAGCUGUUAAGACCGAAGCCAUCUUUUUAGAUAAGGAUAGAUUUUGUAUUUAA